AUGUUGGGCGGCGCGGACUGGGCGGCGCGGCUCUGCGCACUGCGCUCAUUAUGCCUGCGCGAGGUGUGGGUGUGCGGCCGCGACCCCGACGGCUUCCUGCGCGUGGAGCGUCUGGCAGCACUGGGGCUGCGCUUCGGCCAGACGGAGGAAGUGGAAAAACUUGUCAAAUAUUUGGAUCCCAACGACCUCGGGAGAAUCAACUUCAAGGACUUUUGCCGAGGGGUGUUCGCCAUGAAAGGGUGCGAGGAGCUGCUGAAAGAUGUGCUGUCCGUGGAGAGCGCAGGGACGCUGCCCUGCACGCCCGAGAUCCCAGACUGUGCGGAGCAGGGCAGCGAGGUGCCAGGCCCUACCUUUGCUGAUGGCGAGCUCCUCCCCAGGGACCCCAGCUUCUUUCCCGAGGACGAGGAGGAGGCUAUGACGCUGGCCCCACCCGAGGGCCCCCCGGAGUCAGACAUGGACAGCCCCAUGGAGAGCAUGCAGAGCCUGGAGGGGUCAGUUGGGAGUCCUGCCGAGGAGAAGGACGGAGGGCUCGGGGGCCUGUUCCUGCCGGAGGACAAGUCCCUGGGCCAUGCCCCAUCCAUGACCACAUCGGACCUCUCCACACACUCCACCACCUCGCUUAUCAGCAAUGAGGAGCAGUUUGAAGACUAUGGAGAGGGGGACGACGUGGACUGUGCCCCCAGCAGCCCCUGCCCCGAUGACGAGACCAGGACCAACGUUUACUCGGACCUGGGAUCUUCAGUGUCUUCCAGUGCGGGGCAGACACCCAGGAAAAUGCGGCACGCCUACAACAGCGAAUUGCUGGAUGUUUACUGCUCUCAGUGCUGUAAGAAGAUCAACCUGCUGAAUGACCUGGAAGCCCGACUGAAAAACCUGAAGGCCAACAGCCCUAACCGGAAGAUCUCUAGCACGGCCUUUGGACGGCAGCUCAUGCACAGCAGCAACUUCAGUAGCAGUGAUGGUAGCACUGAGGACCUGUUCCGAGACAGCAUUGACUCCUGUGACAACGACAUCACGGAGAAGGUGAGCUUCCUGGAAAAAAAAGUGACAGAACUGGAGAAUGACAGCCUGACCAAUGGGGACCUGAAGAGCAAGCUGAAGCAGGAGAACACACAGCUCGUGCACAGGGUGCACGAGCUGGAGGAGAUGGUGAAAGAUCAGGAGACCAUGGCCGAGCAGGCCCUGGAGGAGGAGGCGCGGCGGCACCGCGAGGCCUACGGCAAGCUGGAGAGAGAGAAGAGCACGGAGAUCGAGCUGCUCAACACCAGGGUGCAGCAGUUAGAGGAGGAAAACACCGAGCUCAGAACAACAGUGACCCGGCUCAAGUCACAAACAGAGAAGCUGGAUGAGGAGCGGCAGCGCAUGUGUGACCGGCUGGAGGACACCAGCCUGCGGCUCAAAGAUGAGACGGACCUGUACAAGCGCGUGACGGACAAGCUGCGGCAGAACCGCCUUGAGUUCCAAAAGGAACGGGAGGCGACGCAGGAGCUCAUCGAGGACUUGCGGAAGGAGCUAGAGCACCUGCAGAUGUACAAGCUGGACUGCGAGCGGCCAGGCCGGGGACGCAGCUCGUCCUCUGGCCUGGGCGAGUUCAACGCCAGGGCCCGCGAGGUGGAGCUGGAGCAUGAGGUCAAGCGGCUCAAGCAGGAGAAUCAUAAGCUGCGGGACCAGAAUGAUGACUUGAAUGGACAGAUCUUGAGCCUCAGCCUCUAUGAAGCAAAGAACCUCUUUGCCACCCAGACCAAAGCCCAGUCUCUGGCCGCAGAAAUAGACACGGCCUCUCGUGAUGAGCUCAUGGAAGCCCUGAAGGAGCAGGAGGAGAUCAACUUCCGGCUGAGGCAGUACAUGGACAAGAUUAUCCUUGCCAUCCUGGACCACAACCCCUCCAUCCUUGAGAUCAAACACUGA